CUUGUUCAUCAAAGCAAGCGUUAAUCAAUCUUAGAAACAACCUUCUUUUGAUUCCUGAUUAGUUUGUGCCUUCUUUUGAACAUUGAAGAAUGACAGACGCAGCUUAUACUCUGGUGUAUGACCCGAAUCCAGCUGGGAAGGCUUCGGUGUCUGAGUUUAGAGCCCUUCUGGAGAAGGGGACAGACGAGUCCAAGAUCGAUGCCAUGAAGCAGAUUCUUGUGACCAUGUUGGAUGGCAACCCAAUGCCUGAGCUGUUGAUGCAUGUUAUCCGUUAUGUUAUGCCGUCUAAGAACAAAGAGCUGAAGAAGCUGCUGUACUUUUACUGGGAGAUUGUUCCAAAGGUGGAGAGCGAUGGUAAGUUGAGACAAGAAAUGAUUCUUGUUUGUAACGCCAUUCAGAGAGAUUUGCAACAUCCAAAUGAGUAUAUCCGUGGUAACACAUUGAGAUUCUUGACUAAAUUACACGAGCCUGAAUUGCUUGAACAACUUGUUCCUUCAGCUCGUGCUUGUCUCGAACACCGUCACGCCUAUGUCAGAAAGUACGUGAUCUUUGCCAUUUACACCAUCUACACGGUAUCUGAUCACCUUAUACCAGAUGCUCCUGAAAUCAUCAAUGACUUCUUGGUUACUGAGACAGACCCAACCUGCAAGCGUAAUGCUUUUGUAGCACUGGGUAAUGUCGACAGAAACGCUGCUUUGCGUUAUAUCCAAGACAACGUUGCUGCAUUGAGUACACUCGACCCAUUGCUUCAAUUGGCCUUUAUCGAAUUCAUUAGAAAAGACAAGGCGCCGGAACUCAGAACGAGGUACAUUGCUUUGCUUACAGAAUUGCUUGACUCUCCAUCAAAUGCUGUUGCCUUUGAGGCUUCAACUACUUUGACGGGAUUGACAAGUAAUCCUUCAGUAAUUUCAUUGGCCUCGACUAGACUCAUUGAGUUGGUCAAUAAGGAACCUGAUAACAACGUUAAGUUGAUCGUACUCGAGAGAAUUGAGCAGAUUGACAACAAGAACCCUGGAAUUUUAGAGGAUUCCACAUUGGACAUCUUAAGAGUCUUGUCCACGCCAGAUCUCGACAUUAGAAAGAAAGCUAUUGACUUGGCAUUGCAACUCACCUCAAGCCGUAAUGUUGACGAUGUUCUGAAGCUUUAUAAGAAGGAAUUGCAAAAGACUGUUAACUCAGAUGCUGACAAGUCUGUUGACUACCGCCAAUUGUUGAUUUCCGCCAUUCACAAGACUGCGCUAGAGUUUGCAUCUGUCACUGCCACUGACGUUGUUGAUCUAUUGUUGGAAUUCUUGCCAGAAAUCUCCACAGUUGCUGCCACGGAUAUCCUUGCCUUCAUCAAGGAGGUGAUUGAGAAAUACCCAGAUUUGAAGUCCACCAUUAUUACUCGCCUGAAUUCGUCUCUGCACGAGAUUAAAUCUGGCAAAGUCUUCCGUGGUGCUCUCUGGAUUAUUGGAGAAUAUUCUACAACUGAAAAGGACAUUCAAAAUUCAUGGAAAUCAAUCCGUGAAUGUAUUGGUGAAGUUCCAAUUCUUCAAUCCGAGAAGAAAAAACACAGCGAUGUUGAAGAGACUCAAGAGGAGGAUGCUCAAUCGACACACAAGCCAGUUGUGUUGCCAGAUGGAACUUAUGCCACUGAAUCCGCUCUUACUAUCGAAAAGAUCAAGAAGGAGCAAAGUAGACCACCAUUACGUCAAUUUAUAUUUGAUGGUGACUUCUAUACCUCAGCUGUUCUCGCUUCUACUUUUGUUAAAUUGAUCCUCAGAUUUGAGGAGGUUUCUAAAAAGGCUGAUGUUCUUAAUGCCCUAAAGGCUGAAGGUAUGUUGACUCUUGUUAGUAUUUUAAGAGUUGGUGACUCUUAUUACGUUGCUAAAAAGAUUGAUGAGGACUCCGCAGAGAGAAUCUUGACCGCUAUAACCUACAUCGCUGAAGGUGAAGCCAAUAAGAAACUUUUGGAACUGGCGUUCUUGGAUGCAACCAAGGAUGCUUUCAAGGUUCAAUUGGCUGCCGAAGAUAAGAAGAAGGCAAAGAGGGAUGCUGCUGAGCUUCAAAAGCAUAGACAAGAAGUUGAUGAUGUUGUUCACUUCAGACAAUUCGGUAAGAUUGACAAUGACGAUGUUGAAGAUAGUGACCUAAGUGCUGCUACUGGUGUCAAAGUUGAAGAGGACCUCUCAUCAAGAUUGAACAAGAUUGUGCAAUUGACUGGUUUCUCUGACCCAGUUUAUGCCGAAGCCCAUGUUAAAGUCCACCAAUUUGACGUUGUUCUUGACGUUCUUCUCGUCAAUCAAACCACAGAAACUUUGCGCAAUCUACAUGUUGAAUUUGCCACGUUGGGUGAUUUGAAGGUGUUGGACAAGCCAACCACUCAAAACAUCCCAGCCCAUGGUUUCUUCAAGAUCCAAACCACAAUCAAGGUUACUUCCGCUGACACCGGUGUGAUAUUCGGUAACAUUGUGUACGAUGGUGGGCAUGGUCUUGAGAAUAAGAUUGUUAUUUUGAACGAUGUACAUGUUGAUAUCAUGUCUUACAUCAAACCAGGAAAAUGUUCAGAGAACAGAUUCCGUACCAUGUGGGAUGAGUUUGAGUGGGAGAACAAGAUUGCCAUCAAGUCCAACUUGCCAUCUCUGAAGGACUACUUGGACGCAUUGCUUGCGGGUACCAACAUGGCAUGUCUAACCCCUGGUGCAGUUAUCGGCGAAGAAUGCCAAUUCCUCAGUGCCAACUUGUACGCAAGAUCCUCCUUUGGCGAGGAUGCACUUGCCAACCUGUGUAUUGAGAAAUCAGUCGAUGGCCCAAUUGUUGGACACGUUAGAAUCCGUUCUAAGGGUCAAGGCUUGGCCUUAUCCAUGGGUGAUAAAGUUGCAGCUAUUGCACGCAACACCAACAAGGUGAAAGUGACACAUGUUUGAUCAUCGUGGUUUGUAUAUUUAGAAAGUUAGUAGUGUGACCGAAAGCAAAAAAACAUGAAUAAAUAUAACUCUUUGG